AUGAUCAUCUUGCCGAGCUGGAAGAGAAGAACUUUAGGGCUCCGGAUAAGGACAACCGCCAGGAUGGCGAUGAGUUUGUUGACGCAGGAGCUGAGAAGCUGUUUGAUCCCGCCGAUGAGCAGACGCUGCCAGUCGGUGCCGCUCCAUCGGAUGACGUUGACCCGGAUGAGGAGCAGUGCACUGUCAAAGUGUCUGGAUUCCCGAACGAUGGCAACAUGGAUAAGCUCAAGGACUACUUUUCUUCGAUGGGCGUUCUGCGCAAGGAGCCAGUUCUCGGUGACGACGGUGAUAUCCGUGUUGCGUUCACGAAGGCGAAAGACGUCCCGUUUACCGUUGACUGGUUCAAGAACCCAGCUAAGGCCGUCAUUGAUCAGAGAUUUGUAUCUGUUGCGCCGGUCAAGCCUGUCGCUUAGGUAAGGAGGUCAGGGCCCGUUUCCAGGAACCAAGAUCUUUUCUCAUGGUGCGACAAUUUAGGGAGUUUUCUACCGGCGAAAUUCAUGAAGGAUAGACGCAGAACACAGCGGUAUGAACGGAGUCGGGUCACGGAUGCCUGCCAUCAGCUCCAGUAGUGUUUUGGUUUGAUUACGUGAUUGCCAGUUGGAAAGCUGUAUGUCAAGAAUUUGCGCACUGGAGACCAAGGGCUGCCAGUCAAAGUGUUGUUUUCAUUGUGCCCUCAUCACUAAAGUGUUGCAUCCCAGUCGAAGCGCAUUGCAUAUCAACUGUGCUGCUCGUGAGCAGCGAACGAGAUUAAUCUCAGCUUGAUCAUGGCGUAGCGCUCCGGAGUUUCCUUCGAAAACGCACCGCUGUCGCAUUCUCGUUGUGGUGAUGGGAGGUCCUACCUCGCCUUAUAACAUACGUGCACUUGCUUCCUCACCACUUUUUUUGUUCUAAUGGCGUUGUUUUGAUUGCUCCUUACCAGUCGCUAUCGGACUGGGGCCUGUCGUAUGCGGAAACUACAUUUUUUUGUAACAGCAUAUACGAUAGACUGUAAAUUGAGAAAGUCAUUUUGGACA